AGACUGCUACUGUAUUUCCUAAAUCGCUGUAGGGCAUGCGUAUUUACUCAGCGUCUCCUCAUCUUCGCGCAGCCGAAAAACUAAUUGAAAGGAUUAACGUGAACUUUGACAAAAUACGAGGAAAUUAUUGAAGGAUGUGGAAAUCGGUGGUGGGACACAAUGUUAAUGUGAAGGUGGCUUCAGAAGGGGAUGACUGGGAGACCGACCCUGAUUUUGAGAAUGACGUGUCAGAGCAAGAACAGAGAUGGGGAUCCAAGACUGUGGAGGGGUCUGGCCAUAAAGAGCACAUCAGUGUUGCAGAGUUGAGGCAGAAGGUGUCUCAGGAGUACGAGCAUGUGAAGAAGAAGGAGCAGGCGCUGGCACCACAGGCCUCCUACGGCUAUGGAGGCACGUUUGGAGUGGAGAAGGACCGUAUGGACAAGGGGGCUGUGGGGCAUAGCUAUGUGGCUAAGGUUGAGCAGCACUCAUCACAAACAGAUGCUGCGAGGGGCUUCGGGGGGAAGUUUGGAGUUCAGAAAGACCGUGUGGACAAGUCUGCCAUGGGCUUUGAGUACAAGGGAGAGGUGGAUCAACAUACUUCUCAGAAAGAUUACGCCAAAGGAUUUGGAGGGAAGUAUGGAGUGGAGAAGGAUAAGGUUGACAAAGCUGCCAUGGGUUAUGACUAUAAAGGAGAGACCGAAAAGCACCAGUCCCAAAAAGACUACUCAAAGGGAUUUGGGGGUAAGUUUGGUGUGGAGAAGGAGAACGUGGACAAGGCCGCUUUGGGUUAUGACUACAAGGGACAGACAGAAAAACACGAGUCGCAGAAAGACUAUUCUAAGGGCUUUGGGGGACGGUUUGGAGUCCAGGAAGACCGCAUGGAUAAGAAUGCAGCAAACUUCACAGAUAUGGAGUCUCCUACAUCAGCCUAUGAGAAGACACAGCCAUUGGAGGCCUCAAGUGCACGUGCUGGUAACCUAAAGGCACGGUUUGAAAACAUGGCCAAGGCAUCAGAUGAAGAGAACAGAAAGCAAGCAGAGGAGGAGAAAGCCAGGAGACAGGCCAGGGAGAAAAGAGAGCAGGAGGAGGCCCGACAAAGACAACAGGAACGGAACAGCAGGGAGGUGGAAGAGGUGGAGGAGGUGGAAGAGGUGGAGGAGCAGCCGCCCCCACCGUUACCAGAGACCAGGAGGGGCCCACCACAGCUGCCCCGGGCACUGCCUGAGGUACCCAGAGACGAGUACGAGCCAGAGUCUCAGGUGGAAGAGGAGCCUCCGUGCCUGCCCCCUCGCUCAGCUGACGUGCUGCCGGAGGAGGCCCCAGAGGUCCUAACACCCGUCUUCCCAGAGCCACAGUUGGAGGAAGAUGAUGGAGACUAUGAGGACAUCGCUGAACCAAAUGCAGCUGCUGUGGAAAACGACUAUGAGGAUCUUACAGAUGGCUUGACUGCAGUGGCAAUUUAUGACUACCAAGGAGAGGCUGAUGAUGAGAUAUCUUUCAAUCCGGAUGACAUGAUCACCAACAUAGAGAUGGUGGAUGAGGGGUGGUGGAGGGGACAGUGUCAUGGACGCUUCGGCCUCUUCCCAGCCACCUUUGUGCAGCUGCAGCAGUGAGCUCACUGUGUUGCCAGGCUCAAACUCAUUUUCACCUUUUAGGGCUUCCGUGAACCUCCCAUCACACAGGAAAGUCUUCAUAGCAUGUGCUACUUUCAUGAAGCCAGCAUGAUCAACGGUUAAGUGCAAAUAUACUGUAUUGAAUAGGCAAGGCAUUCAGAUAUGUUGUCUUGUUCAAAGUUAUUGUAUUUUAAACUGAAAUUCUAUACACAUGAAUUACAUUUCAAUAUUGACAAGUGUUCUAUAUUUAAUAGGCACAUUUGUGCCACAUAUUCCAUGAAUCUGACAAAUAUUAUGAAUAAACUGCCCGCCCCCCCAAAACAAAUUGUCAUUGAUCAUCUCUCAUCUGGAAUUGCCAUUGGAUUCUACAACUAAAAGUAAAUGCCACUGACAUUGCUAUUAGUGCAUCAAGGAUCAAAUUACUGGAACAGAGCUACCCUUUAGGGUAAAGGUAUAACCAGCUACCAUUAUAAAUGUAGCAAAGUUUCAUUUUUCUUUAAAUCCAUUGAAGAUACAAUGACAUUUUAUUAAAGUUGAUUAUGUCCAUAAAUAUGCUGCAAUCAAGAUUAGAAUUUCCUUAAGGUUACAGGUACACCUAGUAACAAUGGUCAGAACAUAGCUGACUAACAACCAUCUCUCACAUUGCCACAACAAACAGAUGUACAGAAAA